UUGGGGUCUCUGGUUGCUGUGCCGUCUUGUUCUCGCGCGACAUUCACUCAUCGUCGAACUACCGGGCGGGUACUGCCCCACACUUCCAUGGAAGCGCCGAGCGGAAAGUCCAUGAGACUAGUGGAGGAGAGGCCAACGACGAAGUCCUCACAAGCGUCAGGAACAUCCACCGGGGAUUCCUUGAAAGAUGUCGAAGCGCAAUCGCUCAGCUGCACUAAGAACAGUGGCAGCUCAUCAAGGUCUUGGGUGGCAAAUCCGUGGAGAGCGCACACUCGCAAGAUCUUUUUGGCGUGCGGCAUCGUGGUUAUUCCUAUGAUUGCGUUCACGAUCGCAAUCAUCUGGGUCGUCUUUGUCAACCUUAUCAAUGAAAACCACUGCCCUUAUCCUGAGCUAUGUCCGGGUCGGGAUAUUCUAAAUGCAUCGAGCAAGCACUACUAUUACGUCGACUACCCGGCAGCCCGGCUCAUGUUUAUAUCUUCGUGGUCUUCCACUGUCAGCUUGUCCUUCGUCAGCAUGCUGAUGACGCUGUUUGGGUACCUGAUUGCAAGCCAGAUGUUGCACACAUCAUCGACUGAUCAAUCGACCCGACUACCCAGUCCAUACCAGACGAGCAUUCUGAUGAGGGUUUUGAAUGCAGACCUCUUCGCAUUAUGGGAUCUCGGAACGAACAAAGUAAAAGCCACAUUCUGGAAGAAAGCACAAUCGAACGACUCGGACAAGGCGCGCUCCCCACCGCUUCUUCGCGCCUCUAUUUUGGUGUUCUUGUUCUGUUUAUUUGGAAGUAUACUUGUACAAGCAGCUGAUACGUAUUUGCAUAUCGUUACUGAAUCUGCGAACUUUAUCCAGCUUUGGGCGCAAGAUGGCCAACAGCACCACUACAGCCGAGGCCUCGCUCCAUGGUGUCUCGACCGUCCGCGGAAGGGUUCUGGAAAUAACGUCAAUUACUGGGGAUGUGGCAUUACCUUCGACGAGCGUAGUCGCUCAGCCGUUAUGAGUAACAUGACCUCAUACAAUGCUCUGGCGUUCGAUGGCCCAAAAACGAGAGACUCAAUCUAUAAUUAUACUGACUCCAAUGGACUGCAAUUUGCGCUCGUCGGACCUCAUGUACCACCCGCCGAGAACGAUUGGAAGGCAACGACGAUUGGAGUAUCUACGCAAUGCUCCGCUAUUCCACCUUUAGCAUGUACCCAAGGAGCACCUAGCGAGAAUGAUUUCCAAGAGAGUCGGCAAUCUUUCAACUGCAGCAUGGCCAAAGGCGCGCCGCUCGAUGUCUCUGGAAACAUCACGGGAUACAUGCACGAAAUCUACUUCUUUAACUUCCACAAGUACCUCAGUGACGAAAGUCCUUUCAAGGCAAAUAUUCUUGGAUGGAAUGAUUCGAAAAUACAUCCAGCAGAUAUAUCAGACGAUGACGACGUCUUCAAGAAUCCUUGGAAGUCACUCAGCCAGGCAACGAUUGAAGUAGACCGCCCAGAUUAUCCGGAACAACUCAAUGACACAAGUCGACUGUGGCCCGAUCCCGACAACAAUUACGAUUACACCAUGCUCCUUUGUGAUACUACCGUAUGGGAUAUCGAGUACACCGCAGUCGCCCACGAAGUCACUUCCCUUACAGCGACAAAGAGCAACGGCAGUGUCGCCGGGAUCGCCAGCCUGCCCGGCUUGCCAGCGCUCAUGUUUAUACCUAAUCAGUACGACUGGGCGCUACAAAUCGCAUCCGCCUCUGCAACAUCCAUGGACGCUUUCAUCGACGCUUACGGAUUAGGUCUGUCCAAGGUCCGAAGUUACUCCCUAGCAACGCAGAUGUCCCCUCGUCCUGCUCUCCUAACGCAGACCCGCACUUCCAAAGUCAUCACAAAAGUACCUGUAGCCGCGCUAUGGCUCUUGGUCCUCGCAAAUGUACUGUAUUCCCUGCUUGGUCUGGCGCUAGCUACUAUGGCGUUGAUCUAUACCAAUCCGAGCGUGCACCAAGUGUAUACGCGGCUGAGCGUCACGGGUAUUGUCGCCCAGCUUUUUGAGAGGGAGUACGCGGAGCGAGCUGUGGAGACUGAGAUGAAGCUGUUCAGGGAGAACGUGGAUAAAGAUGCGGAAGUCAAGAGGGUGGGCGUGAGGCGGACGGACACAGGAGGCUCUCUGUUUGCUAUAAGUGAGAAAAACUCUUGA